UUUGGUCAAAGCUAAUUGUUUGACUUUUCCACGUGUGCGCAUACAGGCCCGUCCGCGAUCUGCCCCUCACCCCCGCGGCUCCCCAGCUGUCUGUUUCCUUGAAGUGGGCUCAGAGAAGUGUUGAGGGGGCGGAUAGUUUUGAUUUUCUCCUAAUCGUGCUUAGCCAAUAAUGUAGAGGGAACUGUUGUGCACAUCUCAGCUGGCAGACAUUUAAAAGGGAGACAGUCCGGCGCUGGAGCAAUUUGUAUUAAACCCCCCUUUGGCCCCUGUUUAUGGAGCGAUUAGUCUCCCACCCAUCCCCAGUCCCACCAGUGUUCACUCGGCGGCAGUAGGUGUCUGUCACCUCGGAAGGUGCCGGAGAGGACUGACGGGAUCAGAUCAUCGCACUUGUGAUUGUGGAGGCUCGAACAGGAUGGGCAACUCAGCGCCUAUCUUCUGCAGUAUGGUUUUCAUCAUUGGAUUGCUAUCCUCUCCCGUGGAUUCAAAAAGAAUCCGAGGCUCACAAGGCGCCAUUCCUCAUCCUGACAAAAACAACCCAAACCCCCCACCCACUGCCGAGGCGGGCUCCAGGUCCCGGCAGAAACAGGCCUCAUCUUCACCGGCCGAUGAGGUGCUGGAGUCCAGCCAAGAAGCUUUACAUGUGACGGAGCGCCAAUAUUUGAAACGGGACUGGUGCAAGACGCAGCCGCUCAAACAGACCAUCCACGAGGAGGGCUGCGUUAGCCGCACCGUCAUCAAUCGCUUCUGCUAUGGACAGUGUAACUCCUUCUACAUCCCCAGGCACUUUCGCAAGGAGGAGGGCGCCUUCCAGUCCUGUUCAUUUUGCAAGCCGAAGCGUUUUACCACCAUGACUUUUACUCUGAACUGUCCGGACCAGCAGCCACCCACCAAGAAGAAACGCAUCAAACGCGUCAAACAGUGCCGCUGUAUAUCCAUAGACCUGGACUAAAACAUUCAGAAAGGUGUCCUCUGUGUGAAUGUUCUUCAUUGUCUUCUUCUUGGCGGAAAGGAUUGCUGGUUAAAAAAAAAGGCUGUCACACAGCCAAGAACACGUAAAUCCCUCUACAUAAGAUGACAUGCAAGCUGCAUUCAUGAAAUAUUUCAAUCUUCUUGCACACCGUGUGAACACAUAUGAACAUACAACUCGUAAAGCAAUGCUGGAUAGCAAUGAACAUUUUACGCCUCAGCAGGCUGAGAAGUUUGAAAACAAGCCUCGCUGCACGGGAAUGUUGACUCGGAAUUGGCACGUUUGACGCACGGCUUCCUCACCCCUGUAGGACUGCGCAGCUCCAGUUUAUUUAAUCAUUUUGACGAAAAAAGAAUCCUGUCCAAGUUUGUAUUUUUAUGCGUUUGUAAAACUGGCUGUUUCCACUGUGUGGAAUUUGAUGGAUAAACGGUGAUAUCUGUAAACUGAAAGUGGGUUAAUUUCGAUAUUUCAAGAAUCUUUUAAGAUUAAUUGAUUUAUGUGAAUUUCGAAGUCCACCAGUAAAGGAUUGUGGAUUGUUAAUUGGCUUCUCUGUUGGAUAAAACGGACAUUGUACAACAGAUGGCUUACAGCUGUAGAUUAAUUGUAAAAUAAAAAGCCAUCUUUGACAUAAGCGGUCUGUUUAUUCCUUUUACUAAAUUAUACACAAAAAAUAAACUGAUGAAAUAUUUUUGCAUAGCCUAUUUACAACUUUACAUCGAAUGCUGCACGAACAAAAUGUUAAAUUGUCUCUCAUCGGUUGCUGUCAUCCUCCUGCCAGAGGCAUCAACUCAGACCUUUCAAUAAA